GAGUAACGCCCACAAAAUGGCGGCCGCGAGUUGGCGGACGGCGUCGGUGUCUUUCCCGCCGGCGGCGCGGGCUGAUCGCGGCUGAACGCCAGGUUCUAGUUCUUAGAACUCAGGAUGGAGCUGGGGAGGCUGGAGUAUCUGCAGGCCCUCGUCACCGAGUUCCAGGUGACAGACAGCCCAGAGGCCAAGCAGCAGGUGCUGGCCAACCUGGCCAACUUCGCCUACGACCCCAGGAACUACGAGUAUCUGCGGCAGCUCCAGGUGCUGGACCUGUUCCUCGACAUGCUGACGGAAGACAACGAGACCCUCGUGGAAUUUGCUAUGGGUGGUCUUUGCAACCUGUGCCUGGAUAAAACUAACAAAGACUAUAUCCUGGAGGCCAGUGGAGUAGAGCCCAUAAUAAAUUGCCUCUCCAGCUCCAAUGAAGAGACAGUCAUGUCAGCAGUCACAACCCUGAUGUAUCUGACAACACCGCAGUCAUGCCAGCAGACCACACCUCUCCCAGUGGUGGAGUGCAUGCUUCGCUUCUCUCUCUCAGCCAGCAGAAGGCUGAGCAAUCUGGCAACGGUCUUCCUGGAGGAUUACUGCACACCUCUGCAGGUGGAAGAGGCCAAGAACUUAAGCAAACACACAGCAGUAGGGAUUCCUCUCCCUAAGGACUGAAGCUGUCAGAGCAGCUUGAACCUGUUGAGACGGGCACCUCCCUGUUUUCUCAGGUCUCCCGCUAAGGCUCAGUAGGUCAGGAGUGUGAUGAGAACAAUAAAAGAAGGAAAUCAGACUAGCAUUGAAUUUUAGUUACUAUUGAAGAGGACAGUAGAGCACUGUAGCAAGCCAAGAACGCAGCUGAAACUGGAAGCAAAUAUUUUUAAAUAAAAAAGGCCAUGGCUGUUGGACAGCAGGUUGCUGAGUGCAGCUCAGCACCAGCUUGCAAGUCUAACCCUUUCUAACAGUUA